GUGUGCAUAGAAGCGGGUACGAGUAUCGGUCUUCCAUUUUCUCGAGGCUUUCGACCAACAUAGAGCACGUGUUUUGUUGCCGGUCGUUCUUUAUUCUCACCGCAUUUUAAUUACACCCUGUAAUAUUAUUUUAUCAACAAUUAAAUAUUUUUUGAGGUCAUAACCAACCUGUCAUUAUUAUUAUUAUUUAUAACUUAUAAGUAAUUAAAUAAUAAUAAAUAAUGAAUCCGGAAAAGCUUAAAAAGUUACAAGCACAAGUUAGAAUUGGAGGUAAAGGUACACCACGUCGUAAAAAGAAGGUCGUCCAUGCAACUGCCGCGACAGAUGACAAGAAACUCCAGAGCUGUCUGAAGAAAUUGUCUGUGAGCACGAUCCCCGGGAUCGAGGAAGUCAAUAUGAUUAAGGAUGACGGUACUGUAAUUCACUUCAACAACCCAAAAGCUCAAGCAAGCCUCAAUGCAAACACCUUUGCCAUCACUGGACAUGGAGAGAACAAACAAAUAACGGAAAUGUUACCGGGUAUACUGAGCCAGUUGGGCCCAGAAGGUCUUACCCAGCUAAAAAGAUUGGCGAGCACGGUGGGAGGCAGUGCUGUUGGCAAAGCAACUAUGGAAGAGGAUGAUGAAGUCCCGGAUUUAGUUGAAAACUUUGAUGAAGCAAGCAAGGAAGAGGUUGUCACGAAGAAAGAAGUUGAAGAAACUGAAAAAAAUUCAACUGACAAAAAAGAAAUCAUUACACCAGUAGAUGAGAAAAAAGAAGCAGUAGUUAAAUCUGAUGCUUAAAACGAUACUCGCCGGAAAGUAAAUAACGGAUGAGUUAACAAACAUUUAUUGCUUAAGUGAAGAUAAUUUGUAAUUGUAUCAAACAUUACAAAUCUUUAAACCUUGUGUUAUACAAUUAUAUUAAUAACAAAUAACAGUUAAAGUGGAAAAAAAAAAAAUUAAAAAAAAAUCGUUGGCCACAUCUCUAUAACAAUAAAUUUUACGACACUAAAUAUAAUCUUUUUUUUUUACGUAAUUUAAAUUAAUCUGUACAAUAUCACUUGUUAAAAAAAAUUGCAUGGUUGCAUUACAAAGUGCUCUAGUAAGAACAAUAGGAAUUUAAAUCCCAACGAGGCAGACCAUUGUGCUGCGACUUGUAAGUAUUCGGACUAAAUUUUUAACUUUUCAGUGCGUAGCUGCAUUUGAUAUCUAUAUAUAAUAUAUAUAGGUAUUUAUAGACAUUAUAUAUUCUGGAUAUCUGCAUAAAUAUAACAAAAAAAUACAUCACUGUAUAAUAUGCUAUUUAAUUAAAUGCCUGUUAAAAAAAGAACAAGUAAAGAUUUAUUAGAGGUAUAAAAAAUUAAAUUCUUUUAAUAAAAAUCAUAA